AUGACCGAUACUUUUGUGGAUGAACGACGACCUUCUGUUCUAUCGAAUGGAGCUACCCUUCAUGAACAACAGAUCCCACAGCAUGAUCUAGUGAUCCAACCAAUCCCAAGCCGUGGAACAGUAGACCUUCCACCUCCGCAGCUCGCUACUGUUACAGCAGCGGAUGAUAAAUUCUCCAAAGAAGUGCUAGAGGAGGAUCAAGGACCUGAUGGUGGCUUUGGAUGGUUUGUCGUCCUUGGCACCUUCAUGGUCCAAUUCACUGCAUUCGGCACCGCUGCUAGUUGGUUAACGAUGACUGAUCCAUGGAUUGAUUUUUCGGUGACAUAG